AUGAAUUAUCGUCGAUUAGGUGGUGGUGUUGGUGUUAUUAAAGUUCAACAAUAUGAUUCAAUACUUUAUGGUUCAAAUUCAGCAUCUGGUUCAUCAUCAACAUCAUCAGAUGAUAUUCAAAGUCGUUCUCUUUCCAAAAAAAUUAUUUUAUUUUAUUAUUUAAAUAGAAUGAUAAAUAGUCAAACGGGUUCAAAUGAUGAUCAACUCACAUCAUCUGAAAUAAAUAAUGAUUCAUUAAAUGAUAAUAUAGAUAAUCAAAAAGAAGAAUUAUCAUCUAAUAAUAAUAAUGAUUAUGAAAUUUCUGUUACAAAUCCGGUGAAAAAAAUUUUUAUUGAACAAUUGCCAGUUGAUUUUGUUGAACAAGAUUUAUCCGAUUAUUUUUCACAAUUUGGAAUUAUUGAUACAACUGAACUUCCAAUGCAUCGUGAAAAAAGUGUUUGUCGUCCAUUUGGUUUUAUUUCAUUUUCAUCUGAAAAAACAGCUGAAGAAGUACUACGUCAACAACGUCAUUCAAUAAACGGUGCAUCAAUAGAAGUUCGACCAGCUAAACCACGUCCACAUGAACAACAACAAAUUCAAAAGCAUCAACAAUAG